AUAGGAAUCAAUGGAAACGCCUAAAAAAUCUAUUCAGCAAAUAGUAAAUACUAGGCCUUGUUCUGUUAACCUAGAACAAUUGAAUUCAACUAUUCUAGCUAAAAAUCGAACAGUCAUUGAAAAUAAAGAAAAAAGUAAGUAUAAUGAUAAAAACGUAUCAUCCGCAAAAGCUGCUGCAAAUGAUUAUAUAUUAGAACCUGCCACACCACAAGCUAACAUGGAAUUCAGUCAGGAACUGAAGAAAAUAAUAAAUGAACGAAAUAUUCUAACAACAAAAACGAGAAAACGAGUUUUCGAAGCUCUCGACGAGAUAAAAUCAAGGAGUGAAGAAGAGAGUAGAAAUUUCAAAAAGGAAAAGUCUAUACUUGAAAUUAUUAAUAGUGAAAUUAAGUAUGUUCAUCAGCUAGAAAUUAUUAUGAACUUUUUCAUGAAACCAACAAAAGAACAAAAACUUCUGAGAGCAGAUGAUUUUCAAGUGCUUUUUGGUAAUAUUGGUACCAUUUAUAAUGUUAACAAAGAACUUCUGGAGGAACUUAAUGUGGGUGUUGAUAAUGUAGCUAGAGCCUUUACCAAAAUUGGCCCAUUUUUGAAAUUGUAUUCAGUAUAUGCAUAUGAAUUCAAGAACAUCUUGAACAUUCUACAGAAUGCAAGAUCUCUAAAUCCACAAUUUGCAAAAUUUGUCGAAAGUCAAGAAUCACGACCUGAAGUUCAAAAUAAAUUGUCAGCUCUUCUGAUUACACCAAUUCAAAGGGUCCCAAGGUAUAAGCUCUUGCUGACACAAUUGCACAGAUUGACAAAGCCUACUGAAAAAGAUUAUGACAACUUAACAGAAUGUUUGGAAAAAAUUAACGAUGCUGCAGAUCACAUCAAUAAAAUCGUUGAGGACCAAGAAAACAUGCAGAGAUUGCUUGAACUACAAAGGUUCUUGAGAAGUGGUGAACCAAUUAUAGUUAAACCAGGAAGAACAUUGAUAAAAGAAGGCAUAUUAGUCAAAAUGUCUACAAAAAAUACCCCUAGUGAAAAGCUGUAUACUGUUCUAAUGAAUGAUAUAAUUCUAUUCACUAAAAUGAAAAAAGAUGAGCCCAAAGUCAACUCUUUGAAAUGUUUAAGCAUAUUUCCUCUAAGCAAGUGUCAAGUUUUUGAGGUCUUGGACAAAGGUUGUAUGAGGUUAAAUUGUCAGGAGGAAGAGCUCAUUCUGUAUCACGAUCAGUUUAGUGAAACAAAGAGUUGGAUUGAGAAAAUAAAAAAUUGCGUCAAGAAUCACUUGAAUGAUAGGAAAACUUUGAGAAAAGACAGUUCUUCCAGAAGGCCGGUGAAAAGAAAAGAUAUGCACGAAUAUAACGAAGUUGGUGUUAGUCCUGGAAAACCGUUGAAAAAAAGGAAACUGGAAUAUGAACCAGAGUAUAGCAGACCUGCUUAUUUGUCUAAAAGAAGACCUUUGGAUAGGUUACUUUUAGGAACAGCCGUUUCCAGUAAGUGUCAAUUGGAUGAGAACUGUACUGACGGUGGAAAUUCAAUAAAACCCGUGAACAGUCAAGCUGUAGAAGUUUCCAGAACUCCUGAGUUAUCAAAAGAAGUAUUUGUGUUCGGAAGAUCAAAUACCAGUGACUUUGGCGUUAAAGUUGGCGAGUUUUUAGGAGGAGUUAGAACUUCCAUAAAAAGAUUGCUUGGUUUAAAAAAAUAGCUGUAUUGAACUGCUCGGUAAAACAGUGAAAAACUUUACAAAAUUUGUAAUUGAUAACAAUUUAUUUUGUUCGCAUUUCACUUUCAAUUUGAUAUAGGUUUCAAGUUUUGUCAUGGAAGAAAUUAGUUAUCAAUAUAUAUCUUCCAGGUAUUAAUUGGUAACUAAAACAGGUAGACCAAAUAUGAUUCAUUUGCUGUUUUUACUUUGAUGCAACAUGUAAAUAUGUCAUUCACUGAAUCAUGUUGAGUGUUAUCUCAACCAAUGGUUAAGAGGGAAAUCAAUAAAGAAGGUGUAAAAAAUAAUUAUAAUUUAUAGGAACCUUUGAUGCAUAACUAAAAUAUGCAAUAAAAUAGAUUGCUUACAUUCAAUUCAAUUAGUAUAAUAGCACAGCUGUUAAUUUACAGUGAAUCAAUUGUAAAAAGUGUACUUUUGAGUUCAAUUGAACAUUUUAACUCAGUUUAUAGCUCUCUGGAAGUAGUGUUUUUGUGUAUUAUCACGUAAUGAAAAAGAUACUGAAAAUUUAAAUUUGAGAUACCAAACAAUGUACCACUCGGGUUUCAUUUUCAAAGCAACCUUUUUUCUCAAAAUAAUUUUCAUUAUAUGUGGAUUAUAAGCUAUAAAAACAGUAUAUAGACUUCAAAAAUGUUGAUGCUGUAUCGGUAAGUUAUUCCUCCCAAAAUAAAGUCAAAGCUAUUUCUAUAUGAAUUCAAUGAAUUGAAUUUCAUGAUUAUAAUUUCAAGAUUCUCAAAUAUUUUUAUUGUAUAAUUUCUUUAACAAGGAAAAAACUCGACUUGUGAUGAUGAUUCCAUUGAGAAACAUGUAAGACUUUCAAUUUAGAAAUUUUAUAUGUUGUAGAUGUAUGUCAAACAAAUUCUAUGAAUAUAUUUUUAUCAAUUUUUAA